GAGGUUUUACGACAUCCACCUGUUUGUUCAGCGGCCGCAAAACGUCUGUAUCGACAACCCGUAACCUUUGACCUAGUGGGAACGAUUACACAACCAAACUGCCGGGUCUGAAUCUAUCAAGGUGGGAGUUGUGACAUGACCCCAGCUGACCCUGUGUGAUGCAGAAGGCCGUCCUGGAGCUGCUGGGUCCCUGCAGAGGCUGCAGCUUCACCAGACAGGCCGUCAGGAACUUCCACACAUCAAGGAACACAUUAGCCAAUUACUAUGAGCUUCUCCAGGUGCAAAGGGAUGCCAGCCCAGCAGAGAUCAAGGCUGCAUUCUUCAAAAUGUCUAAAAAGUACCACCCAGACAGCAAUCCCAACAACCCAGAGCUCCACAAACAGUUUGUCCAGCUGAACGAGGCCUACAGUGUGCUGAGUAAGAGUUUGGCCAGGAAACACUAUGACCAGAGCCUCCGCAUGGGGACAAAGUUCCAGACCAUCAAUGUUCCUCCCAGACCCAGGCCUGCCGACUACCCUUUUGGGCCUGGUGGAAGCUAUGGCCAUGGUCCAUUUGAACAAGGGAGAAGUCAGAAUAAAGACUACUAUUAUUAUGACUUUAAAGCAGCCAGAGAAGGAGGUGGUAAAAGAUACAGUGGUGCAACCAGCCAUACUAGGAUGAUGGCCAUCUGUCUAUCUGUACUGGGAGGGGGGUAUCUCCUCACUAUCUUUGUCUACAUAUUUGUGGUGAAGGGUUUUGUGUAUACACAAGUGCUGGAGCAGGACAGACAGGCCCGGCUGGCAUAUGCUAUGGCCAAGGAGAAUGCCAGGAAAUACACCAUGGAAGAGAAACUGGCCAAGUUGAAAAAGGCAUAUGAAGAGAAACAGCUAGCAAAGAAAAGUGGAAGAGUGGUUUAGGUAAUCAGAGCUGUGUUUGUAAUUUUCUUCAAUACCAAGAAGUUUUUCCGCACAAUUUUAUAGUAAGAUUAAAAUGUGUAAAAUUUUCAGUUAAGUUUUAAGUAAUUUUACCUAAAAAGUAUAGUUGGCUGCAAUUCUCUGAAUGAUUAUUGUGGGAAGUAAUGAAUACCAUGUAAAUAGAAUGUCCCAUGUUUUCAUAUGUAAUACAGAGACAGCAGUGUUGUAUUUCAAGAACAGAAACCCUUUCUAAAAGAUGGGUACUCACAGAGAGGCUUAGGCUAGUAAAUUGAUUUUAGAUCCUUAAACUGGUCUAUUGUUGGGGCAUUUUACAGGGAAAAAGCUCUAUUGAGCUGCUGCUUGGGGAUAUGGGGGACAUUUAUUUUUCUGAGCACAAUCCAAGGGAUUUCUACCCCAGCAGCAAGGCGCUUUGCUGGCUUAUUCUAUCAUUCCUCUGUCAUCUGGAACUGGAUCAAAAUGUCACUUUGCUAAGACUGGGAUGUGUGAAGUAAACGUGGACAAAGUCAGCCUGUUGGGGACUAGGCUUCUCUGUGGAAUUCACAGAAACAAAUACUUGGCAAGGCUUGGAGUAACCGGUGGCUGUUGUCUUUGAUUGAAACACCAGAGGUCAGGUGGGCCGAGUCUGGCACGGUGUAAACAAAGAAAGACACUUCAUCACGCCAGCAGCGAUUGUCAGGGGAUUUGUCCAAUAAGUUCCCACUUUGUGCACAGACUGCAGCCCAAUAAAGUUUCCAACACCUGUUGUGUGGGAGUGAAUAAA